AUGACUCAGGUCGACCCCGUCAUUGGGGCAGGCAGUCUGCAGCUGCCCCCCACGGCUGCAGGCGCGAAGCUCACCAAGAAGGUGGAAAAUGACAUCCACUGCGACCACCUGCGGGACACCAUGAGCCCGCUGUACCGCCCGGUGCCGCAGUCGCUCAACAUCAGCACAGCGGCCGGCGUCAAGGACUACUUCCCGAACCUGGCGCAGGUGGUCAUGGUCGACGAGGACGAGCCGCUGCAGUUCAUGCACACGGUCUGGCGCGCCAAGGUGGUGUGGACCGUCAUAUUCCAGGGCGUCGUCGGGGAGGCCAACCUGGUGAUCAAGUACAACACCAGCUUUGAGGACGCAGUCGCCGGCACCACCCCCAAGAAUGGGGAGCUCAGCCUGAGGAUCAGGCGGGAGGCCGCGGGCCCCACGUCGGUGGACCGCAUGUGGCGGGCCCUGGACGCGGUGGCGGGCGCCUGCCAGGCUUUCCGCAAUGAGGGCUGGGACGGCAAGACUGGCCCCUGGGAGCCCAACCCAACCCCCGGCCCCUCGCCCGACCCCUCACCCACGCCUGAGCCCAAGCCGGAGCCGAGCCAUCGCCCCAGCCCGGUCGCCCAUGAUGCCCAGCAGGGCGCUGGGACGGGCGGCAGUGAUGACGUCAGCGCGCGUAAGCGUGUUCGGCCUCCGCGGCGCCACGGGGACCCGCAAGCCUGGCUGGCCGGGCGCGAGCGGCGCGAGGAGGACGGCGGCGCAGCGACGGCCGAGGAGCGCUGA